AUGAAAGCAGCAAUAAGAUACGUAGGAAAAGACCGACGAGAAAGUUUACAUCAAGCUGUUCAAUUCGCAAAUGAUGUCGUAGUGGCGAAAGAAACGAAUGCGAAAAAAGAAAACGACUUUAUAUAUCACGAUCGGAUUCCGAGACGUGACGAGCUGAAGAUACCUGAGGGUGUAGCAAUGGUGAAACCAAUUGGAUUCGAGGCGACCGAUCGUUCGGUGGCGGGUGAUGAUCUCUUCUCAGCACUGCUGCCGAUGAACGUUCUCAAAUCAGUGUCGUUGUAUAGCGAAGAGAAAGCAAAAUACAAGAGGGACGUUCUCGAGCGAAUU